AUGUCUAAAGCUUACCCAUGGUACACGAGGGCUACAGAUAUAGCUCACAGACUGACAAUAGUUGGUUUAGUAGGAUUCACUUUUUACAUGGCUGGAAAUGUUGGUUGGACCAUAUACCAAACGGGAAAACAAAACGAGCGAAGGUUAGCUAUCCAGAAGGAAAUGGAAGCUGCUAAAGCCCAAGCAAAUAUUGAAGAGCAACCAGUCACCAAUUAG